UUCCUGCCACCUGGAAAGUCUAACCUGACCUCUGCUACUGGCUGGAGUGAGGCUGCCUCCUAAACCAGCUAUAAUGCUCAGAGUUGGGCGGGGCUAUUUAGCUGUUCAUGUGGAAGCUGUGCCUGGGUCUGAAGCCCCCAUGGACCAGUGUGGGUGAUGUGUCUCUGCCCCGAGAGUAAGGAGGCCUGGUGCCCAGGGGGUGCUCCCCUGGCCCUAGUGUCCAGCGGGCAGUUACCUGGCCUUCAUGGGCAGUUACCUGACCCUGGUGUCCAGUGAGCGCUCACCAUCUCCAGGAAGGCACCCACUGAACAGCAGCCUGGGCCCAGUUAGAGGGGGCUUUGGGAGUGGGGGUGCCCUGGAGGCAGUCAGGAACCACCAGUGCCCAAGUGAAUAUCAGAGGGCGUGGGGGUGGUGGCCACAUGGCAGGCUUGAGUGGGCAGAUCUGUGGUCCAUCUAGCAUAUGUGUGGCUGUUGCCACUAUGUCCUGGGAGACCCCCUUGGCAGCGAUGCCCACUGGGCUCUGUUCCCCCAGCAGUGUGUGGGGGAUGGGUGCUGGGCUUCUGCCCUCCUGGGGUGUCCACUUUCUCUGUGUUCAGGUGAGAUCAUGGGGGAGGGAACGGGAAGGGUCCCUGAGGCUGGUGGGGUGUCAGCAGGCAAGGCACCCAUGGCAAGGGUUCCAAGAGGAGGAAGCUGGUCUGCCAGGCGUGGGGGCCUCUCCCUGGGAACUGACCGAGGCAGGGAGGGCCUGGGGGAGGGCAUGGGGCCCGGCCUUGCCAAUGGUCUUGCUCUUUGUUCCAGGCCCUGUGCUGGCCUAACCAUCUCCUCACUUUGCCAGUUCUGGCCACCAUCCAUGCCGUUUCCUCCCAGGCUCCUAGGGACCAUGAGGCUGGUGCUUCCGGGCAGCAGGAGCCACUACACCUGUGCCUGUCAGGGCCACAGCAGUGAGGGCAGAUCCCUUCACCACGGGCCCGGCGUCACCCAAUGUGGAAAACAGGCAUGAGCGCGGCUGUUGGGUCUGCCCAGCCCUGAAGAUCCAGUUCUGGUCCCUGGCUCCUACACCUCCCCACCCAGGUCACGCCAGCUGGCUGGCCUUCUGGAGGGGGCGUUAGGGUCAGAGGCCCAUGAGGGGUGCUGCAGAGCCGAGAGCAGACCCCGGCUCAAAGGCUGCGGCUCUCCCCCUUCCCAGCAGAUCUCUCCAGGGGUGCUCGACUUUGGAGACCAAGUGAACUGUGUUGCUGAGGACAGUCCUGCUGAGCUGGCAGCACGUGGACCCCUCUCCCCAGGGAGACGGCCAAGGCUGCUCACCCAGAACCCGUGGCACCUGCUGGAGCUUUGCACUCAGACCUUUGGAGGGAGAGGGCUGUAGCUUUGCCAUGGCCUCCCCCUCCCUCUGCAGACUUUCAGGCCUCCUGGAAGGGAGACUACGCAUGUCCUUGGCUCAUUCUCUCACGUACAGAGCAGGUUUGGGGAGCACCUCGAAGAGGAGGCCAGGCCAGCAGGAAGACAGGCACUCAGCCAGCAGAGUGGAGAAGGAGGGCCUUGUUUUGUCUUGUUCCCUCCCUGUGCCACCCUGAGACCAGUCCCCCUCCCACCUCCAGAUGACAGCCCGCCCAGGGUCCCACAGCCGGGAGGCCUCCUUGUCCACUGCUCUUUCUCCUCUCGCUCACUGGGGACAAGUCUGCUCUCCCCCAUUACCUAAGGAUCACUUGGUGGCCUCCUGCCCUUCAAGUCCCAGAAGAAUGCCUCCUCCUACAGAAAGUCCUCUGUGAUUGCUGUCUCUUGAGAAUGCUGGAGUCUGGUGGAAAUGUUGGGCGGUAAUCCACAGUGACCAUGCACCACGAGCUCUCUCCACGUGAGGGUGUGACAUUAGGGUGUCACUGCGAGGGGCUAGAACAAGUUAGAGCCCCCAGAAGGUCUGAAACUGCCCUGUGCAUGAUGGGGGGCACACCAAGGGAACGAAGCCAUGCUUCCUCGGAUACGUGGAAGAGAGUAGAUGCUGCAGGACUGCGUGAAUAAACCUUCCUCUGGUCCCGGCCACGGGGCAGGGUCUUGUGGGGCACUGUGCCUCAUCCCUGCUCUGUUCUGGGGCUGGUGACUGCCUACAGGGAUGGUGCCCAGGGAAGGUGCAUUCUGAGAAGUCCUUCCUGACUCCUGGGCUGGUGACUGACCCAGACAGGGGAUCCCUAAAUGGCCAGGAGGAGGUUUGGUGGCCACAGCUGCACCGGUCCCCCUGGGGCCCUGAAAGCCACUCCCGCUCCCUCUCCCCUCGCCAGCCACUGAGGAAGGCCCUGACCCUCCCCAGCUGGAGCCCACCAGUCACCCUUUCCCUGGAGGGGCGUCACCACAGCCAGGAGCCCGUACAUUGCCGCUUUAAGCUGCCGCAAGGCUCUCCUGCCUGGCCCCUGAGACGUAGGCAGGCUGGCAGGAUUGCCCUGCAUAGUGAGGAGUCAUAGCUGAGGCAGGGAGUGGGCAGCCAGGAGGCCUGGCUUGCUGCCUGUGAGCCGAGCGACUGUGGGCCUGUGUUUUGGCCAUUUGCCCAAAGGGACACCGCCAGUAAGCAGCUGGCUGGGACAGAGCCAGCCCGGGGUCAGCAUGGGUGGAGGACCACAGAGAGAGGGGUGGGGCAGGCACAAAAGCCAGCCUCCAGCACCCCAGUCAGGCCCUUUCCUUUAGGGCCUCAGAGAGAGCUGGGGUAGCCGCCUGCCCCCACCCGUGCCUAAUGAUGUGCUGGAAUAACUGUGUGGGCGGGAUGGGUUAUGGGGUCACAGAACAAAAUUCCAAAGUGCAGCAGGAUGUGUGAUGAGCAGUUGGCCGCCCCCUGCCCGGGGCUCCCAGAGGUGACUGCAUGUUUGGGCUGGGCUGGUGAGACCCAGAGCCCCGUCACACUGGCGCUCAGCUUCUUCCUGGGGCCCCAGUCCCAGCCGUGUCCCCCACCUACCAUGUUCUUCCUGGCCUGACCGCCCUCUGCUCCCCUCUUUCCUGACACCACCUGCUGUGCCCGGGCUCUGUGCUCAUCCGGCCAGACCAGGAGGGCUGGCACAGGCUCCACCCAUGGUGACCACCUGUUCCCUCUGGGCAGGAGUCCCCUGGCCCAACCUCAGGGGCACUGUGCUCUUGUGAGCUGCUGACAGAGGCACAGCCUGGCCCCAUGACCCGUGGUCUUUCCACAGGGCUGUGACCCACUGGCACAGACACAGCGAGGCCGCCCGCAGAGCCGCAGGGCCCGGAUCCACCAGCAGAUCAACAAGGAGCUGCGGAUGCGGACAGGCGCUGAGAACCUCUACAGAGCCACCAGCAACGCCCGGGUCAGGGAGACGGUGGCGCUAGAGCUGAGCUACGUCAACUCCAGCCUGCAGCUGCUGAAGGAGGAGCUGGAGGAACUCAAUAGCAAUGUGGACGUGGACCGGCCUGAGAGCGAAGGUAUUACUGUCCCCAUGAUCCCCCUGGGGCUGAAGGAGACCAAGGAGCUGGACUGGUCCACACCCCUGAAGGGCCUCCCCUCCGCUGUGGUCUUGCCCACGUCAGCUGGGAGACUCCAGGGAAGGCCAGCGCCUGCCCUCCCCCUCAAUCAGGAGCUGAUCUCGGGGCACUUUGGAGAGGAUGGCACCUCCUACGAGGCCGAAAUCAGGGAGCUGGAGGACCUGCGGCAGGCCAUGCGGACACCCAGCCGGAGCGAGGCGGGCCUGGAGCUCCUCAUGGCCUACUACAACCAGCUCUGCUUCCUGGACGCGCGCUUCGUGGCCCCUGCCAGGAGCCUCGCGCUGCUCUUCCACUGGUACGACUCACUCACGGGGGUCCCAGCCCAGCAGCGGGCCCUGGCCUUCGAGAAGGGCAGCGUGCUCUUCAACAUCGGUGCCCUCCACACCCAGAUUGGGGCUCGCCAGGACCGCUCCUGUCCCGAGGGCACCAGCCGUGCGGCAGAGGCCUUUCGGAGGGCUGCUGGGGCCUUCAGUCUGCUGAGGGAGAACUUCUCCCGUGCGCCGAGCCCCGACAUGAGCCCUGCCUCGCUCUCCAUGCUGGAGCAGCUCAUGACCGCCCAGGCCCAGGAGUGUGUCUUUGAGGGCCUCUUGCUGCCGGCCCCUACCGCCCCCCACAACUGCCUGGCCCAGCUGUACCUGGCUCAGGAGGCUGCCCAGGUGGCAGCUGAGUACGGGCUGGCACACGGGACCAUGGCCCAGCCACCCAUUCGCGACUACGUGCCCUUCCCCUGGACCACCCUGGUGCGCGUCAAGGCCGAGUACUUCCGCGCCCUAGCCCACUACCACGCAGCCGUGGCCCUCUGUGAUGGCCCCCUGGCAGCUGAGGAGUUCCCGGCACUCGAGCAGGUCUUCCUAGGGCUUCCAGCCUCAGCUGAGCCGCAGGGACCCGCGCUGCUGCAGGAACCGGAGGAGCGGAGGAAGCUCGGCAAGGCCCACCUGAAGCGCGCCAUCCUCGGCCAGGAGGAGGCGCUGCGGCUGCACGCGGUGUGCCGUGCCCUGCGCAGGGUGGACCUGCUGCAGGCGGUGCUGGUCCAGGCGCUGCAGCGCUCGCUGGCCAAGUACUCGGAGCUCGACCUCGAGGAUGACUUUUUCGAGGCCACCGAGGCCCCUGACAUCCUGCGUGAGCAGCCAGCCAAGACACAUAAGAGGCCGGAGAUCAGGGCUCCCAGCUUCUCCCGGGUGAAAGUGGCUGACAUCUUCCACCGGCUGGGGCCCCUGUCCGUGUUCUCCGCCAAGAACCGCUGGCGGCUAGUGGGGCCCAUCCACGUGACCCGAGGAGAAGGUGGCUUUGGCUUCACGCUGAGGGGAGACUCGCCCGUCCUCAUCGCUGCCGUCGUUCCAGGGGGCAGAGCUGCGGCGGCUGGCCUACAGGAGGGCGACUACAUUGUGUCCGUGAACGGGCAGCCGUGCAAGUGGUGGAAGCAUGCUGAGGUGGUGGCCCAGCUGAAGGGUGUGGGUGAUGAGGGUGCCAGCCUGCAGGUGGUGACGCUGUUGCCCAGCGCUGAGCCACCUGGCACGGGGGACCGCCGGCCGGCCCUGGGGGGGCUUCUGAGGAGCCAGAAGGAGUGUGGCUGGGAGAUGCCAGCACCUGCACGAGCCAGCCCCAGGCCCCUCCUUGGCUGGGGCCGCAAGGCCAAGAGGGGCAAGACUGGAGAGAGGCUGUCCCCAGCCCCACACCCCUGAGCUGUGCACUGCCCUCGCUCUCUGGGUGCCUGGGGUGGCGGGGAGGGGCCAGCUCCCCACACACCUGGCGCUGGCCAGGCUCUAGCUGGCUGGGAGCGGCCCCCCUUGUGCCCUCACCCACCGCGGGGGACCUUCACGUCAGGUCGCUGCCCUGCCCAGUGCGUGGAGCCACUGAUUAAAGGCCAUGU